AUGAUCUCUGCUAAGGACAAGGCAAAGGCUCCCAAAGACAGCAUGACGCUUCUUCCCUGCUUCUACUUUGUUGAGUUGCCCAUUGUCGCUUCCUCCAUCGUGACUCUCUACUUCCUGGAGCUGACAGACCUCUUCCGGCCAGCCAAGGUGGGCUUCCAGUGUUACGACCGAGCGCUUUCCAUGCCCUAUGUAGAAAGCAAUGAAGAAAUGAUUCCUUUGCUGAUGCUGCUAAGCUUGGCGUUUGCAGCUCCUGCAGCUUCUAUCAUGGUGGGCGAAGGCAUCGUGUAUUGCUUGCAGUCAAAGAUGAAGGGCCGUAGCAAUACUGAAGGCAGCAUAAAUGCUGGUGGCUGCAAUUUCAACUCCUUUCUCCGCAGGACGGUCCGGUUUGUGGGUGUCCAUGUGUUUGGCCUCUGUGCCACAGCCCUGGUGACCGAUGUCAUCCAAUUAGCCACAGGAUACCACGCCCCUUUCUUCUUGACCGUCUGUAAGCCCAACUACACUCUCUUGGCUAUCUCCUGUGAAUUCAACCCUUACAUCACUCAAGAUAUCUGCUCAGGUCAAGACCAGCAUGCUAUUCUCUCAGCCAGGAAAACGUUCCCUUCUCAGCAUGCCACGCUGUCUGCGUUUGCUGCCGUCUACGUAUCCAUGUAUUUCAACUCCAUAAUCUCAGAUAGCACCAAGCUCCUCAAGCCAAUCUUGGUGUUCGGUUUCGCCAUCGCAGCUGGCAUCUGUGGCUUGACGCAGAUCACCCAGUACCGCAGCCACCCAAUUGAUGUUUACGUGGGCUUCUUGAUUGGGUCUGGUAUUGCUGCUUACCUGGCCUAUCAUGCAGUGGGCAACUUCCGGGCACCAAUAGAAAAGGCUCCCUCCAACCCUCCUGCCAAGGAUGCCCUCCGAGCCCUGACUCAACGUGGGCAUGACUCCGUUUACCACCAGAACAAGUCAGUCAGCACCGAUGAGCUCAACCCCCAGACCCGGCUGGAAGGGAUGAAUCGGCAAGUGCCACGUGAGAAGAACUCGCUGGGGAGCUUGAAACGGGCAAGUGUUGACGUGGACCUUUUGGCACCCCGGAGCCCUAUGGGCAAAGAAAACAUGGUGACCUUCAGUAACACAUUACCACGGGUCAGCACCCCCUCAAUGGAUGACCCUGCUCGCCGCCAUAUGACCAUCCACGUCCCAGUGGACGCCUCCCGAUCUAAACAGCUGAUCACUGAAUGGAAACAGAAAUCAGUGGAAGGCCGUGGAAUGACCUUGGCAGAAGAGGUGGCGAGGCGAGUUGGCUCAGAUUCCUUGGCUGGAGAAGAAGAGGAUCAUAUCCCAUCUUCCUUGUACCCCACAGUCCAGGCUCGAACGGCUGAGCGUGCCUCUAUGGGUCCUCGUGUCCUCAUCCAGCCAAGACCCAGGGCCACUCAACUGGUCCACAUCCCUGAGGAAAGUCAAGCUAAUGCGGGUGCUAAUAUUUCACCCAAAAGCAGCUCGGCUGUGAGGGCCAAGUGGAUGAUGAUGGCUGAGAAGGGGGCCGCCCAACGGGUGGCCAACCCACCACGCCUCAUGCAGGUGAUUGCCAUGUCCAAGCAACCCGGGAUGGUAUCGGUGACACCCAAGCAUUCGGAGACAUCUUCGUCUUCCACCAGCUCUGACUCCUCCCAGUACUGCUCUCCAUCAGAAAGAGACAGCUCCAGUGUGGUUACCAUCGAUGCUCAUGCCCCUCACCACCCAGUCGUACAUCUGUCUUCUGGAAAUGGGCCUUGGGAAUGGAAGGCCACCCAGAAAGCUUCGGAUGGCCAAGAUGCUUACGAGCUCAAUGAGAUGAGCAAGGAUUACCAUGGGUUCCGGCCUGCCAAAAGUGCUGGAGUCUCGCCAGGUUCCUCUGUCAGCGACAUCGAACAGGAGGAGGCCCGUUACGGCAGCGUGGCCACCAUCAAUGUGUCAGUGGGUCUGGGAGGGAGUGCAUCAUUGGUUUCAGCAGAAACCAGCCCUGGAGAAAGCCUUCUGGGGGCCUCCAGCCGGGAAUCCACGCUGCGGAGAAAACCAGCUAGCUUAACAGUGGGGGAAAAGGAUGGGCAAGGCGAAGAGACGGAAAAUUAUUAUAAGAAGAUGCAAGCCAACCGGGGAUUUAAGGAAUAA